CCAAGAGACUAGGUCACAUAGGCCCCGUUCGGACCGACCGUAUGAAGAAGAUAUACUCCGCAAUCCGCAUAAUGUAAAAUCAUGGCUUCGGUACAUUGAUAUGAAGUCCAAAUCUCCUCCCAAAGUCCUAUACAUGCUCUAUGAACGAGCCUUGAAACAACUUCCCGGCAGCUACAAAUUGUGGUAUCGUUAUUUACGACUACGACGAAUUCACGCAAGACGCAUGUGCCCCGGCAGUCUGUUACACGAAGAAACAAAUAACGCACACGAACGUGCUCUCGUCACAAUGCACAAGGUACAGUUCAUUUGUCGUUUUUGUUUCUCAUUACUCUCUCUCUCUCGUGGGAACAGAUCCCUGAAAGCGCUCCCGAUCACACAGCACGAUCGAAUCUGGAUGUUUUAUUUGCGAUUCGCGGACAAGCACGGGAGCAGUGUGAACGAAACAUGUCUUCGAAUCUAUCGACGUUACGUCAAGUUUGCCCCGGACGAUAUGGAACGGUUUAUCGAGUUUCUCAUGCGAAACGGCAAUGCGAAUGAAGCCAGUAUGAAGCUGGCCGAGAUUAUCAAUGACGACAACUUUAUCAGCCGUCAGGGAAAAUCGAAAUUCCAACUAUGGCAACAGUUGUGUAGUAUAUUGGUAAAAAAUCCUUUAAAGAUCUCAUCUCUCAAACCGGAUCCGAUAAUUCGGCAGGGUAUUCAUCGUUACACGGAUCAGGUGAGUAUCUAUUCCCAUCUGCGGACUUCUGCAAUACAUCAAUCUAAUUGUAAAGUGGCAACUUUUCCCUAA